UGGUCGGUUAAAACGGUACAAUAUUAAAAAUACGAGCUCAAUGACCAUGUCGAAAUAAUGGCGUAAAUAAAUGUAAUAAACCGCUAAAUUACAUGUACAUAAAUUUAUGAAAAAGUUUAAUGAAAUUGUAAUUUCAAUAAUAAAAUAAAUUAAUAUGAAAUAAGUGUAAUAAUAUUAUUUAGAAUUGUAUUAAAAUUAAUUAUUAAAUAUAAAUAAUUCAGUUUAAAAAAAAAAAAAAACAACUAACAACUAAAUAGCACAUAUACAUAAAUUAUACAAAUGUAUAUACAUAUAAGUAUGUACAUGAAUGUAGAAUAUCCAUAUGUAUGCGUAUAAAGUGUUUUAUAUACUAGUGUUUCGUGUCUUUGUUUAGAUAAAUCCUUUUUGGCAUUCACAGCGGGUACACAUAUCUUUAAUUUUCUUCUUGAAAACUGCAAUUGUCGUAAGUACGCGAUUCUACGACAAACAAAAUUUCAUGAUUUCUAUGCAAAUUUCUCGCUUUUAAUGUUGGCAUUAAGUUCUUUUUCCCAGUCUCCUCGCUGCUGUUUAGAGAAUUUUCCAUAAGACAUAUUGAGACUUCAAAAAAAAAUACUACAAUUUGAAUGUUAAAGAAUUCGCAGAAAUACUAUAAUAUAAAAAUCACAAAUUAAAUGCUCAGCAAACCUAAAAUGAAAAACAAAAUAUGUAUAAUUAAAACUAACAAAAACAAACUGAAUGAAAUCAAAAUAAAGAAAUAAAAUUCUACUACAACUGGUAGUAAAUCACAGAAAUCAUCAACAAAAUUCCCAUAAGUAAAAAUACAGCAGAGCCCAAGGAACGCUAAAAUAUCAACAUAUUUCUGUAAAGAAAACAAAAACAAAUCAUUAAAAAUACAUGCCACUAAAUAGGAAAUAAACUAAACACAAUAUUCUACUAGUGAAGUUAACAUUAUAAUUAGCAACAUUUCCAGUCAACAAUGUUGACAAGCAACAUGUUGCUGUAACCUAUAACAAAAAACAAAUUCCAAUAAGAAAAAUUCUUUUAAUUUUUUUUUAUUUUGUCAGCUGUAUACAAAAAGACUCUGCAACAAAGGGAAAACUUAUUCAGACAAACACACAUACAAUCUACACAAGCAAGUGUUUGUGGAAUGGAAAAGUGAGAAAGAUUUUUGUGUAUGUAGCUGCGAGUGAGUGUGAGUGUUUCAGAAGGCCUACAACGACAACAGACAUAUGGGAGGUUUUGUUGUUGUGUUUGUUGUGCCAAAGAUUAGUUGCACAUGUAACGGUUCCGGGAAGAGUUGGUAAAACGGAAGUGUAACGAACCUAAAAAACACUAAGGCCAAACAAAAGAAGAAGAAACAAAAAUUUACGUGAAUACGCAAAAGUGUAAACGCCAAAAAAGAGCAAAUAUUAAACUUUAAUCUAUUGUGAAAAGUGAAUAAAAAAUUGACGAAAGUAAAUUAAGUGAAUUUAAUACAAUAAUUUAAACAUACACAUAUAAAUUAAAUAAAGAAAAUAUUAAAAAAUAAAAAUAUUUUUCUUAAAAAAAUUCAAAUAUAUUUUUAACUGUAAGAGUGUUAGAAUAUUGUGUUUUAUAAGAAUUAAUAUAGUUAAUGAUACUUAAUUUACUAUAUAUUGAAUUAAAUGGCUAACAAAUUGUGUAAUUUUGAUACAAAUAGAAUUUGUACAUACAUAUGUAUGUAGUGUCAAGUAGUCAUCCAUCACUCGGCUGCUUUCGCACACAAUAAUUAUAAAAUUAUGCAACUUGAGUGGAGAGACAGACGACAAGCAGACAUAUGAUUUUGCAACAAAAUACACAAUUUAUAUAAUUAAUGCUUACAGUGUAAAAAACAACUAAAAUAAAAAAAAAUCUUUAAAAAAAUCUUUAUAAAACUAUAAAUAAAAGUUUUAAUAUAAAACUAAGUACACACAUAAACAAAACCAUGCAAGUAAUAGAGAAUAAAAAUAAAAUUAAAUUAACAGACUCAACCUGUUUGUGUAAUAGUUAUAAUUGUGUCGGAAAACAUAAAUGCAACAUGUUGUUAACACUUGAAUCUAACAACAACAACAGCAGUAAUGUUACUAACAAAAGCAAGAACAACAACUACAAUAAUAAUUGCUUAACAAGUAUGACAUGUUUGUGUGGGUGUAUUUCUUGUUGUCACUCAAAAGUUGCAACAAAAGCAACAUCCCCUACAACACCAACAUCGUCAUCAUCAUCAUCAUCAACAAAUACUAUAAUUUCGUCAACAAAAACAGAAAUAUCAACAACAAUGCAAACAUCAACAUCAGCCUCAUCAUCGUCCACUAAGGACAACUCUAAUUACAUGCAUUGUGCAAAUGCAUUCAACACACACACAUGCUACAAUUGUGGCAUCAACAAAGAAAACAACAACAGUGACAGAUGUUGCAAUAUUAACAGUACAAGAAGCAACAGUUUAUACAAAACAACAACCAGCAACAGUUUUAGAAAUUUCAUCUUAAGCAUCAACAACAAUUUAAACAGUCUCAUCAAGUUUGUCAUUGUUUUGAUAUUCCUCACAUGUUGUGAUUUAUCUCGGGCUGCACUACGUGAUGUAAAUUUAUAUAUUGAACCACCUGCUGUUCGACAAAACCAAUCAGUAAUAUUACGUUGUCAUUACACCAUAGAGGGGGCACCACUAUAUUCGGUCAAAUUUUAUCGUGGACAAUUAGAAUUUUUCCGUUACACUCCAGGCGAAUAUCCUAAUACAAAAGUAUUUCAUUUUCCCGGAAUAAAAGUAGAUGAAAGUGUUUCAAAUGCCACCCAAGUUGUUAUACGCAAUGUGAACUUUGGUCUAUCUGGAACUUUUUCUUGUGAAGUAACAGCCGAUGCACCAUUAUUUUCAACCGCCACAGCAUAUGCUCAAAUGCAAGUUGUCGAAUUUCCUGAUAAACGACCACAACUAUUUACGGAGCUUACACGCUAUGAGCCGGGUGAUGUGUUGCGUGCUAACUGUAGUACACCACCAUCCAGACCUAGGGCAGAAUUAAGAUUUACCAUAAAUAAUAUACCGGUAUCUUCGGAAGAAACACAAUACAUUAGAACAGUUGACAAUUUAAUUGCGUCGAGACUGAGUCUUAAAGUGCAAUUGCAGGCUAUACAUUUUGCUGCUGCUGCCGUCGCCAUUGGCAAUGGUAAUUCACACAUGAUAAAUGCUUUAAAUGGCGGUGGUGUGGGUUCAACUUCUACAUCAUAUGGCGGUGCUGCUGUUGGCGGAGGUUCAGCCUCAGGAGGUGCUUUACUAUUACGUUGUACGGCACAAAUUGGUGAUUUGUAUCAGGAAUAUAAAGAAAUUGAAUUAGGAACACCACAAAAAGAUCCUGUACCAGCAAGAGUGACAUCAUCUGGCGGUGGAUUUAGAGGAUUUCUGGAGACAUAUUUUGGUCCUAGCUCUGGAGCGGAAAGAUUUAAUUUCCAACAUCUAAAAUUGCUUUUAACAACCAGCAGUAUAUUAAUGAUAUUUUUAAAUGUUUAUCAAUCCAGAUAGUUUAUUAAAUGAAUAAGAGAAUUUGAAUCACUUGAAUAUUAAAACGUGUAAAAUAAUAAAAUUAAAUAAAAUAAUAAAUUUAUAACCAUAAAAUAAUAACAUUAAUUAUAAAAACAAAUUAAAAAUAAUACAAUUAUAAAAGGCUUAAAAAGUUUUAUUUUUAAUAAAACAAAAAAAUUAAUAUUUUAUAAUAUUGAAAGAAUUAAAAAGAAAAAAAUUGAUUUUGUUAUUAAAAACUUGUUAAAAAAUUUAAUUUACAUAAAAUAGAAUUAUGCACAAAAACACACAUUAAGACACAAACAAAUAUACACACGCCUGCAUACACAGACAAAUAAACAAAAUAAUGCAAAGCUUAUUUAGUUAAUAAUAUACAUUUAGUGUGUAAUUAAUUUAUAUAAUUAAAUAAAUAGUUGCAAUAAUACACAUUGCGAUAAAAGGAAAACAACUACUCUUUCAAAUGUAUUUAAAUACAGUGAAAAAAAAAAUUAUUAAAAAAAAUACAGCAUUAACAAAUUAAAAUAAACAAAAAACACAACGUAAUAGUAAUAACUGAUGUAUGUAUGUGUUGUUAUGACAUUUUUUUUGUUGCAUUUUGUCAUACAAACCCUACAGGCAUAAUAAAAAAAUAUAAGUCCAAAACAUUAUGACAAAUAAAAAAUAUAAAAAAAAACUUUUUUUUACUUGUUAUUGUAAAUAAUUAUUUAAAACACAAAAUUAAGUAAUAAUACAUAUUUACUUUAUGAACACGCAUACAUACAUAUAUACUUUGUAAUAAUUAAAUAUCUAUUAUCGAUAAACUGAAAUAUUCAUAAAAUCAAAUAUAAACGAAUGAAAAAUGAAAAAAUAAAUGUAUA